AUGUGGGAGAAACUCCGUGCUUUCUUCAAACGCGAUCGAUCAUCGCAGCCGUCAAAACAUCGGCGUCAAUCGGACCCGCUUGGAAAUCUAAGUGAAGUCGCAGCGCCUGCGGCUAUUGAGAAUCGAAGCGACUCCGCCAUCUAUCACCACCACACUCUAGAAGAAGAUCUUGAACGAAGUCUACGGGGCGAAGACAUUGAUGCCGAGACUCCAGAAGAUGAGAUUCUCUUUUGCCCCCACACUCUUGAAGAGAAUCUGGAGCUCGCGAAGGAGCAUUCUCAGGAAAGGAAAAGGCAGUCACAGGAACUUCGCCGUCUCCCUUCUGACCGUCACCGUGCUCAAAGCUCUGGGGAAUAA